UUAGUCGUAAUGCUAACGCACUGCCCGGCGGUGGGGCCAGCUAUUUAAAGAUUUUAUGGGAAAUGUUGAUCGAUGCAAAAACGUGCAUCUACUUGUCCACCCUCAUCGCAUGCUUGGCUGCGGUGGGAGAAAAGGCGUUCGAGGCCUGUAAAAACUAUGGAACGUCCAUGCUGGAGUGUCAGAACAUCCUGCAUCCAGCGUCUAGGGUGAGGAUGCCGAUCGACCUUCUUCUGUACCCCCACAUGGUGCUGAUAGGGUUCAGGAAGGACGAGACGAAGCAGCCCGCGUGGAAGUGCGGCGCGUCACUCGUAAGCCCGAGUUGGGUGCUGACGGCGGCGCACUGCAAGGAGGACGCGGAGGACGGGCCAGCUAGCGUUCUAAAAAUUGGCGUCGCCACCUUCGAAUUUGACGAGGUGGAAGAUUUGGAGCAGGAGCGGCGAGUAGCUCAGGUAGUCCUGCAUCCUGACUACAAACCUCCGUCCAAAUACCACGACAUCGCGUUGAUGCGAAGCGAUCGCGAUUUCCAACUGAGCAGGGACAUCAGAAUAGCCUGUUUGGAUUUAAGCGAUACACUUCCCGCAGCCAAAUUGACGGCGAUCGGGUUCGGGACCACAGUAUCGGGCUUAUCGAAUACCAGCCAAACUUUAAUGAAAGUGGACGUCGACGUCGUCGAUAACGCGAUUUGCAAUCGAUCGAUGAAAAUUCUGAUCCGUCGGAAGGUUCUGGAGCGGGGCAUAUUGGAAGAUCAGCUCUGCGCGGGGGAUUACCACAACGGAGGAAAGGAUACCUGCCAGGGGGAUUCGGGGGGGCCCCUGCAGGUAAUGGAGGAGGCAGUGGAUUGUAAAAGAACGUUCCCUUUACACAGAAUUAUUGGUAUCACCUCCUUUGGGAGGGAUUGCGGAAGAAAAAUGGCGCCCGGCGUUUACACAAGAGUAUCGAAAUAUAUUGAGUGGAUCGAGAGCGUGGUGUGGCCGGGCUGAUGUUACGAGCUACUUCCCGGAAUAUUCUUCACAUAAUAUUAUGUAUCAAGACAUUUUAUUA